ACGGUUCAGUCUUUAAACUGUUAGCAACCUGUAACAAUCUUUUUUCCCUCCCGUGAUCGGAGCUUCAAAGUUGCCAUUGAAUUUUCAGCUUUUUUUCUUGCCUCUUACUGCUUUGACUCGUUCACGGAUAGUUAGAUCAGCGAUAAAUGUCAAAGAAAUCAGUGAUUUUUUUCAUUAUAAUUAAUCUGAAAAGCAACGAAUAUUUUGAUGGCAAGUUGUUACUAACUCUUGAUAACAGUGUCGCGGAUGUGUGAAAGUUUUCGGGAGAGCAAGAAAUUUUUUUUGGAUGGUUUGCCGUUCUCGUUGUUCAACGAGAUCGAAGAUAAGGGCGGGUGCAUAUCAAAUUUUCGGAAGACAUUUUUUCUUUCGUACACCUUUAUUCUAUCGGCGGAGCGAUGGAUUUUCGUGAGAGAUGAUAACGUAGGAUGAUGGACAGUGGUGAAUUUUUUGAAGUAAAACGUCAAUGAAUUCGGGCGUAUUCCACAUCGUCUGAGUAUACGGGCCGAAAGAUCAAAGUUUUGUAACAUUUGGAGGAUCCUUGAAUGUUUUAUAAUUAAUUCACGUGCUGGAUUCAUUGAAAAAUACGAGCCAGCAAUCUAGACUUGGACCGAAUUUCGCAUCAGUUUAAUGAAGUUCAUUAACAUUGAAAUGUGGCUGUCGAAAAGACAUUGACAUUUGAUUUCGUCGCGCCUCUAACCCGAUGUAUAACCGUCAAUGAUUUAUAAUUAUGCAUGUCACGCAAGCUGCAGGAUACUUUUACCGGUAAACUGAUAAGUAGCGGUAAAGCAUAACAAAAGUACAGGACGACAGAGAAAUUUGUAUUCCGUAGACGCAAUAGAUUUAAUUUGCGUCGCUAAUCAUUAAAUAUUCACGUGUGGCAUGAUCGCUUUAGAGUCUCCUAAAAAACGACCGUUGUUUAACGAAUAACGAAUAUUUGCAAAUUGAAUCUUGGAUAAGUGUCGAGAAAGGAAAAAUUCGUUUGUAAAAUUAGCGUUCUUAUAGAAUUCAUCGUCGGAUCUAAUUGUAAAUUUGAUUUGAAGAGAUGUCAAAAAUAAUUUUCCCAAUAUAUCUGGUUAUUUUUAUAGCCAUAGGAAAUUGCGAAAAAUCUCGCGGAAUAUUCGAAGAUUUAUUCAAUGGCUAUAAUGGAUUCUUGCAAAACUUUGAUAACCCGCAGGUAGACGAUGAAAAUAAUAUAUUACAAGAAUACGACUUUGUCAUUAUCGGGGCCGGGUCUGGGGGAUCAGUCCUCGCGAAUCGUCUAACAGAAAUUCCCGAGUGGAACGUGCUUCUCAUUGAGGCUGGAAAGGAUGAAUUUUUUCUCACGGACGUGCCGUUGCUCGCCCCUACGCUUCACAUAACGGCGUAUAACUGGGGGUACAAAACGGAGCCAGGAUUUCCCGACGAAAAUGGAAACGGCGGUUUCUGUCUUGGAAUGGAAGAAGGUCGAUGCAACUGGCCGAGGGGAAAAGCCGUCGGGGGUAGUUCCGUGAUAAACUACAUGAUGUACACAAGGGGUUCGAAAAGCGACUACGACUCAUGGGCAGCCCAAGGGAACCCGGGAUGGAGCUACGAAGAUGUCCUUCCGUAUUUUCGAAAGUCCGAGAACAACCGAAUCGACGGUUUAGACGAUCGUUAUCACGGCAAUUCGGGAUAUCUUGACGUCGAUUAUUCUCCAUACGUUUCAAAACUGAGAGAUCUCUUUUUAAAUUCUGCUAAAGAAAUGGGUUACAAAGUGAACGAUUAUAACGGAGAAAGAUUCCUCGGUUUUUCGGUCGCCCAAGCCAACCUCAGAGGCGGACGUCGUGUCAGUGCGAGCAAAGCUUUUCUACGACCCGUUCGCAGCAGAAGAAAUUUUCACGUAUCGAAGUACUCGAGAGUAACGAAAAUUGUCAUCGAUCCGGCAACGAGGAUCGCUACCGGUGUGGAGUUCGUGAAAAAUAGACGAAAGUACUUCGUCGGAGCUUCGAAAGAAGUCCUUCUCUCCGCCGGUGCCCUAAACUCACCCCAGUUGCUGAUGCUUUCGGGAAUCGGUCCCAGAGAUCACCUGGAAUCGUUGGGCAUUCCGGUCCUCCAGGAACUUCCUGUGGGAUACAACCUACAGGAUCACGUGAGCAUGUCGCUUUUAACUUUCCUUGUCAAUGACAGCGUUACGAUAAUUGAAUCCCGCGUGGCGACCAACCCGGUGAACACCUUCGAUUACCUCGUCAGGGGUAGUGGCCCAUUAACGAUACCUGGGGGAGCCGAAGGGCUCGCCUUUAUCAACACAAAAAAGAGCCUGAGAACUUCAACGAAGUGGGGAAGAAAAAUUGAAAAUUCACUUUCCGGUAGCUACGGAGAAUUCGCGAAUGAAUAUGAAGAUGACUACGCGGAUAUAGAGAUCGUGAUGGGUUUGGGCAGCCUAACCGGCGACACGUCCGGUAGUCUGAAAGGCAUAAUGGGUCUGUCUGAUGAAUUAGUGCACGACGUUUUCCAUGGGUACGAAGGAAGAGACGGUUUCAGCCUUGUUCCAAUAUUGCUCCAUCCGAAGAGCAGGGGACGAGUUACCUUGAAAAGCUCCGAUCCUUUUCACUGGCCCGUUUUACAAGCUAAUUAUUACCAGAAUCCCGACGACUUGGAAACAAUUGUCCGAGGCAUUAAGAAGGCUAUACAAGUGGCAGCUACAACUCCUUUCAAAAAAUACAACACCACGAUAUUACCGCUCAACAUUGCCGGAUGUCGUCACAUCGCAUUCAACACCGACCCUUACUGGGCUUGUGUCGCUCGACACGUAACCACCACCCUCGGACACUUGGUUGGCACCUGCAAGAUGGCCCCCGUUGAGGACUCCGGUGUCGUUGACGCCGCUCUCAAAGUUUAUGGAAUAAAAAAUUUGAGGGUUGUCGACGCCAGCAUUAUGCCUACUAUAAUUGCCGGGCACACCAACGCUCCGACCAUCAUGAUCGGUGAAAAAGCCAGCGACAUGAUAAAAUUCGAUUGGCAAGGGUUCGUCUGAUUCUCAAUAAAAUCAAACGAUCCGAAAAUUGAGAGACGAAAGAACGAAAAGCAAUUUUCUCGUGUCCGUGGGGCGAAUUAUACGAUAUAAUGAAACGCAAAUUGCGUUUAACCAAUCUAAUUAUGAUACGAGUUUUAUAAACUCAUUACAUGAAGAAAUCUCAUUAUUUCAUUGUAAAUAACCGACUGCAUUUAAUGAAUGGCGUAUGUUUCUCGUAUUGUUAUUAUUUAGAGGAACAAUUUACGAUAAUCAGGAAUGAAACGCGACAACGGUUAUUGUCGAAGUCUGGAUCAGUCAAGGACAAUAUUUCUGGCACAUGAACUGCACGGUGAUGCAUAUCCGUGCGAUAUAUCUGAAUGCAGUAACUGGUCAGUGACUAAAGAGAAGAGUAUGAAAAAUAACAAUAUAGGUAUAAUACUUGGCUUGUUGCCGUGUCGAUUUAGCGACUGACAUUAUUUAUUUAUAAUUAGUUGGGUGUUUUACUGCGCAUAAGCUUGACCGUGUCAUGCGAUGGAAUGCACGCACGUCUUUCGAAAAAUAAGAGAAGAUCCAUUCCGCUCGCCUUCUGUAUUGAAUACAUUAUACAUGUAGAUUUACCUACGCCUA